AUGAAUUACAACAGGAAUAUUUUGCCUACGUUAUCGACCCGCGAUAGAUGCACUUUGAGAAACGGGAAGCAUGGACACGUUGUGUACUUCUGUAGGGUGCGUUACGAUGAUGUUGGACUGAAGAUUCGAGAAAAAUUACCUUCGCCUUCAUCCUGUUUCCAGUCUGAUGAAACGGAAACCGAUAAUACGAAAAUGUACAAGAGUGAUCGAAACCUGAGCUACGAAACGGAAAAACCAAAUCACGUAAGGAGAUUAAAUUUUGGCCAAUCGAUCCUAACCUUAGACACGGUUAAGCAAUUCCAGGGACAAAAGGAUGGUGCAUUGUUGAUUGAUAAAAACGUAGCAGAUAUACCGUGCACCAGAAAAGGCGAUUUCGUGCGGAAAUGGAUCGAGACUCAUAUCGAUUUCGACUCAAAGGAAACGUCUCCCAUUUUGGGUUCGUCUCUUACUAAUUCUACGAAAAUCUCCCCAGUUGUUGGUGAUCGACGUGUGUGUAAACGAGCUAGGAACAAAAUUAAAUCCAACGAUGAUUCUACAGACAAUGCUCAAUGUAUGCGUUCAAACGAUUCGCAAAUCAUGAUUAAUGCAGAGAUUUACAAUGGUUCGGUUGAGAGUAGUAAACGUAUAAAGAUAGAUGAUAACGACAGGAAGGAAAAUGUAAGAAGAAAUCUAUUUGAUUCUCAGUCUAUUAGCGUUCCUUCUAAAGCAAGUGAUGCAACUAUUUCUCCGAUACUUGCCAGGGACUCUACUUCUUAUAAUAGAAGCCGAAGAAAAUUUCAAGGGAAGAACUCAUGGCGGAAAGCCUUGGAUUGCAUAGAAAAUAAAUGUAUAGAAACUAAUUCGAGGUCUCCUUUAAUUUCUACCAAAGUGUACGAAGGAGGAGAAUCCCCUAUUUUAAAUCGUGUUACUUAUCCUUGUAAACACAAGCAAAGAAAACCAAGGGAAAAGCUUGAUAAAGAAGAAAGUAAUCGUAUAAAUUCUGAUAUGAAUUCUUUGCAAUCUUGUAAUUUACCUGAUGUGGCAGGCUUGAGAAACAAAUGCAAGAUGUUAUGUAGUCAAAAGCGUCGUGCAUUGAUAAGAAAAUUAGAAAAUAGCUUUAAGGAUGAUCAUUCGAAAUGUACGCCUUGUAAAAAUCCAAGUCUUUCAGGAGAUUCUACGGGAUCACAUUCAUCAACGAAUAAAACAAAGUUAAUCGAAGAUAGCCCAAAAGAUAUGAAAGAUAGCGCGAAAAUUGAAACCGAAUCUAGCAACGAAGAUUACAAUAACGGGAAAGAUAUUGUACAUAUAAGCAAUGAUUCCGAUAAAGAUUCUAGCACAUGCGAUUAUAUAGAAGAUACGGACACGCAACAUGUAGAUUCCGUUACUAGGAAUCUCAAUUACGAUUCGGUAUUAUUUGUUUCUAAUAAAUCCGCAUCGAUACAUUCGCCAGCAUCCAACAGAGAUUCGGACGAAACGUUCUUCUCGAGAGUAACACCAUUGCAUUCUAAAUAUACCGAUAUUGGCACUUCACAAAACAUUUCUCAAAUUUCGACGCAAGUUAUGGACGUUACGGAUAACAGGUCGAGUCAAACCGGAAUUAUCAUUAAUACGAAAACAUCAUCGCGAGAAACUUACACGGAUACAUCGGUUCAAUUAACCAUUUUAGACUCAGGAAAAAAAAGGAGAAAACCAAAAAGGGGUAGCUUGGUAGAGAAACUGCAAUCAACGAUUAAUAGACAAAUAUCCUUUGUACGUAUAUGGAGACAUCGCGUAAAGCAAGAUACGAAACAAUGUUUUCGUGUACCAUGUGCUACCGUUUGUGUGCGAACAUGCGUAACUCGUUUUAGCAGACAAUUCUUGGAAGGAGUUGUAAUCGAGGAUCCAUUUGAUUUAUUAUCGUAUAAAAAUGAAAAUAAGUCUGUCACGUUUAUAAAGAUCAUGACGAUUCCCGAGAUAGUAGGUAAAAUUGAAAUGAAAUCCGAGGGUCUAGUACAAAUUUUUCCUCCAUGGGAAACUUUAGACGAUAAAGAACCAAUGUUGAAUGUAACUUACAUACGUGUUGUACCUGAUAGCGAAAAAGAUGUUCGACAAUAUAAAGUGAACUUGAAUCGAGUUAAAAAGUCGGUAAUUCAAGAAUUUUAUUGCCCGUGUAUCGGUAAGAACAAAAUGAUUUUGUCUUGUAAAGAUCGAUUUAGCAAGCCGAACAUUAUCGAGAAGGUAUUCACCGAGUCAUAAGGAUAAGAAUACGAUGCAUGGAUUAAAUUUUGUAUCGACCAAAGUAAACUUUCGUUAUUCGACUACUUUAU